UGGUUCGUAGAGGGUAUGAUCGCGGAUAUGGCAGAGAAGGAAUCUUUGGGGGGUGAGAUCAGCACCCAGCAACAACAUACUGCGCAAGAGCCAAAAGUUUGCACCCACCAUAAUGAAAUCGCCAAACCGAAGAUCAAUGGAGGUUUGCAGGCUUGGUUGGCAGUUGUAGCUUUAUUCUGUGUUUUUAUCAAUUCAUGGGGAAUUCUUACAACCUAUGGCGCCUUCCAGGAAUAUUAUACAACUGUCUUGUUGUCUGACCAGUCACCUUCGGCGAUUUCCUGGGUAGGAAGUAUUCAGGCAACGCUAAUACCAAUGGUUGGUGUAGUCUCUGGACCAUUGGUUGACUUGGGAUAUCUGCGUCCGUUGAUGGUGGUCGGGAGCUUCUUGACUGUCUUUGGGCUGAUGAUGACCAGUCUUGCGACAGAGUAUUACCAAAUCCUCCUCGCACAAGGCUUCUGUAUCGGAUUGGGUGGCGGCAUCUCCUAUAUCCCAGCUCUGGCAGUGGUGUCCACGAGCUUCACCACCAAACGCCCCAUCGCGAUCGGCUGUGCAUCAAUUGGAUCAAGCAUCGGGGCCGUUAUCUUCCCUGUGAUGUUCCGUCAACUCCAGCCCAAAAUCGGAUUCCCGUGGGCAGUGCGCUGCAUCGGCUUCGUAAGCCUGCUGAUGGCUAUCAUUGCCUGUUCAAUCCUCUGUCGUCGUCCAGGUCAUCAGUCUCAAGCACGCAGUCUCAUCGACUGGACCGCCUUCCGCGAGCUACCAUUUAUGCUUUUCUCAGUCUCACUUACAUGCGUGAUGCUGGCAUACUACGUCCCCAUCUUCUACGUCGCCUCCUACGCUGAAACAGCUGUGCAAACAACCACCAGUCUGGCAUUCUACAUGGUCGCGAUUGUUAACGGAUCGUCCGUCUUCGGGCGCAUUGUUCCCAAUUUACUUGUUGCGUAUGUGAAACCAGUCAUCAUUUUGAUGUUCUGUGUUACGGCCUCGGCUAUUGCGAUGUUCACUUGGAUUGCAGCCACUAACAUUCCCGGGUUUAUUGUUUGGGCUUGCUAUUGGGGUAUUCUAAGUGGUGUUCUUGUGACAGCCCCGACUUCUAUUGUUGCGCAUCCUGUCUUUUGUCCUAAUCCGAGUUAUAUGGGUACUCGCCUGGGUAUGAUGUGGGGAAUAUCGUCGUUUGGUGCGCUGGCUGGGGCACCGAUUGCGGGAGCUUUAAUCAGCCUUGAUACGGUUUAUUUUCUACGAGCUCAGGUCUUUGCGGGAUGUAUGAUGGUGGGGGCCAUGUUGCUGCAAUGUUGGCCGGCAUUAAAGGUGAUCAGAUUCGAUCGAGACAAUCCUCGUUGA